AUAUCACGAUCAGCGAUUGAAGAGAUUGAUUUAUAUUUACGCCGCUCGGUCAGUUUGGAGUAACACAACUGGAUGACCAAACUUCGAUUAACGUAAUUGGCGAUUAAUUCAAUUGGCGGAGUGAAAACAAACGUCGGCGACCGUCUCUCGCGACGGAAUUACGUAAGAUGGAAAACGGAAGACGCGGUAGAAUCGCGGUAUAACUAGUAGGUCCACUCUCCCUGGCGAAAAUUUUAAGUAAGGCGAAAGUAACGCGAAAAGUAGCGCGUUACUUUUCAGAAUUGGUGGCUUGUAACUGUAACUAGUUACAUUUUUAGCGAAAGAGCUGUAACUGGACACUUUUAUAAGAAAUGGAAAUUUGACCGCGCGGAUGCGAUGUCAGGACGGCCGAGCGAUAUUGAUAUUAUUACACCAAGAUACAGAUACAGGCGAUAAGAGCGCGGUCGGACCGAGAUUCGGCACGUGGACGGUCAACCUCUGCAAAUAAAUCACGAAUGCGAACGUCGACUCGAGUGCGAGACCGUGUUUGAGGGAAGAGACGAGUUUGCGAAGGGGAAACAGAAGAGGAGCGGUUUGCCGGAAUUCGGUUCCCGGGAAAGGAAAACACGAUUAAAGUGGUACUGUUUGGAAAUGCAUUCUGCUGAUUUUUCCAAACUCUGCGGACGAUACGGCCGGGAAACCGAGGGAAGAAACUAGAAGCAAAGAGAGAGAGAGAGGAACGCGCGAGAGUGCGAACAAGGACGGGUGUCCGUUUGAGAAAAGGAAGGAAGGGAAGUCGGCGCGCGAUCAGCUGAUCGGGUCUCGGGAUUCUGUCAUGGCGCGCGAUACUUCUCGAACGUUCCCGGACGGCACGGAGCAGUCGGGCAGCGCGGAACGAUCGUCCCAGCGUAUGCAUUAUUUACCAUAAUAGGUGGAAUCGUAGCGAGCUAUUUCACCCUGAUGCAAUGAGUCCGCACAGCCAUAAGAACAGUUUAACGCCAAAAGACAUGCAGUCCAACGGAUACUCCACCGGCGAAGCCGUGACCAAGGAAGCGAGGAAUCGUUCAUCUCCUUGUGAGUCAGUGGAUUCGAUGCCUUGGUUUGGGAUGGAUAUAGGCGGUACAUUGUGCAAACUGGUAUACUUUGAGCCGAAAGAUAUAACGAGAGACGAGGCGGACGCAGAGGUUGAGACAUUAAAAAAUAUCCGCCGGUAUCUCACUAAAAAUUCGGCAUACGGAAAAACUGGUCAUCGCGAUACGCAUUUACAAAUGGAUAACGUCUGCAUCAGAGGCAGACGAGGAACGUUGCACUUCAUUAGGUUUCCUACGAGCGAAAUGGGAAAUUUUUUAGCGCUAGCAAAAUCAAAGGGUAUGGCGAAUCUGGUGACUACUGUUUGCGCCACUGGGGGCGGCGCUUUCAAGUUCGAGGAUAAUUUCAAUAAGGAAGUAAACAUGAACUUGGCAAAGUUCGACGAAUUAGAUAGUUUAAUACGCGGAAUGCUCUAUAUAGAGACUACGAAUCCACACGAAUGCUAUUAUUGGUCGAACCCUACCGACGACAGCAAGUGUCAUAAAGUACCUUACGACUUUUCCGAACCAUAUCCUUUCUUGCUCGUCAAUAUAGGCUCUGGAGUAAGUAUACUAGCCGUAUACGGGCCGGAAAAUUAUAAAAGGAUAUCUGGAACAAGCCUAGGUGGUGGUACGUUCCUAGGAUUAUGUUGUCUUCUCACUGGAUGCAAUACCUUUGAAGAGGCGAUAGAAUUAGCCACGGGCGGCGAUAAUACAAGAGUGGAUAAGUUGGUUAGAGACAUAUAUGGCGGUGAUUACGGUCCUUUCAGUCUUCCCGGAGAUUUAGUUGCGAGCAGUUUUGGGCAAAUGAAUUCCAAAGACCGCAGAAACACCGUGACGAAGGAAGAUCUGGCGCGUGCAACUCUUGUUACUAUCACGAAUAACAUUGGUUCUAUCGCGCGUAUGUGUGCUGUUAAUGAAAAAAUUGAGAGGGUCGUAUUUGUAGGGAAUUUUCUCAGGGUAAAUCCUAUAUCGAUGAAAUUGUUGGCCUAUGCUAUGGAUUAUUGGUCUAAAGGAACUUUGAAGGCCCUGUUUUUGGAACAUGAAGGUUACUUCGGAGCAGUGGGUUGUCUAUUACAAUUUAAUGGCGAAUCGAGCUAGACACAAUGGAAAGUGUUAAGGAGAUAGUCUUACAACGUGCAGCAUUCCAUAAGACCAAUUUCGCAGAACAUUUCUUGAGUGAGCAAGAUUUGUUCGUAAUUAUUCUCAUUUUUAACUAUAACAGUAAAUAUUCUUUAUAUUUAUUUUUGUUAUAUUCUUUUACGAAUCUAUCUUUCCAGUCUAUUGAGUAUCAGUUGAUUGUAAUAAAACGGAAAAACCUUCAUAUUUAGUAAUAGAAUUAUGGGUAUAUUUCUUAAGUGUCGUUGUAUAAUUUAUCACUGUUUUAAUGUAGAAAAAAGUAAUUGUGUCAAGAUAGUUCUUUUCUUUUUGAUCGGAGGGUUUUGAUAUAUGUUCGAUUACGAGCACAAAUCUAAUACGACUCGGCAGAUAAAAUCAAUAAUGGACCAAAUCCAAAGAGAUAAAGGAUUGCCUCCUCCUUCCGAUGUUCGUUACAUGCCGCAUAGACUAGUUCUACCUCAUAAUUUAUAUUGUAAAGUUUUUCUACAAAUGUGCACAGGUUUUUAUGUAUAUAAGUAAUAUGGCAAUCGUUAUUACACUUGCACAUCUUUUCGUAAGUUUAUAAACGAAAGAAAUCAUUGUAAUAGUAAAUACUUUCGCACUAAUUGUUAAUAUUCGUAAUAUUCUGUUGUUAAUGUAUUGUGUUGUAAGAUGAAUUUUUAAUGCGAACUUUUUAAUUGAAUAGUAACGCAACUUUUUAUUAAAAUAUUCAUUCGCAUGUUGCGCAACUGGCAAUUGUAUGAAUUAUGAAUUUUUUACGUCGCUUCGGUGCUAUUGCGAUUUGUAAUGCAAAAUAUACGCUUCCGUCAGGAUGUUACGAAACGAUGCGGUGCAUACUCCAAGUUAUCAAAAUGUGUCAAAUUUUAAAUCCUGUUUUCGAGAAACGUGUAGUAAUGCGAAUGAAUGAAAACGUAUUAUUGAAACGCUGAUAUUGUACCGUAAAGAAAAUACAUACAUUGUUUUAGAAAACAACAAUCGUGAUAUAUUUAUCUCCUAUUAACUAAGCAAAAAUGUUAACUAACAUUUUUGACCAUUCGAAAUGUUAAUUUCUCGAAUAAUUUGAUAUUAUCGCAAGCGUGUCCUUCAAACUCAUUUCUGUUGCAAUGUAUUGUGAAGUAUACCAAGCAAACUUUAAUAAAAUAUCACUUUAAUGUACAA